GAAAUUAACAUGUCCAAGAACCCUCGUACUGGAAACUCUCAGUCAUUAACUUUAGUAAUAAAACUUGGUACAUCUUCAAUAUGUGACAUAGAAACGAAUCUACCGUUGCUAUCUAAUCUCUCACUUCUAGUCGAAACGAUAGUAAAAUUACGUUCUAUGAGUCACAGAGUUGUUUUGGUCACAAGCGGUGCUAUAGGAAUAGGCUUAAGACGAUUAAAUAUGGAUAAAAAACCGAAAAAAUUGAAAGAAAUUCAAGCCGUAGCGGCGGUUGGUCAAGGAAGAUUGAUGAGAAUGUAUGAUGAUUUGUUUAGUCAAUUGAAUCAGCCGAUUGCACAAGUCCUUUUAACUAGGCAUGACCUGGCAGAUCGUACACAAUAUCUCAAUGCUGUUAAUACGUUUUCUGAAUUAUUAAGCAUGGGUGUAGUUCCUAUUGUUAACGAGAAUGAUACCAUUUCCGUGAGCGAAAUUAAAUUUGGUGAUAAUGAUACUCUUUCAGCCAUAGCAGCUGGAAUGGUUAAUGCCGAUUAUUUAUUUUUGAUGACAGAUGUUGAUUGUCUGUAUACUGAUAAUCCCAUGACGAAUCCAAACGCUAAACCUGUGGAAGUGGUUGAAGAUGUUAAUGCUUUAAGAGAUAAAGUUACUGUUUCAUCACCUGGGAGUUCACUUGGAACGGGUGGAAUGGUAACAAAAUUAAUUGCUGCAGAACUUGCAACAGCGGCUGGCGUAACAACAAUCAUAUGUCGUGGGUCAGCGCCUAAAAAUAUAAUAUCUAUCAUUAAUCAGCCUCCCACCAACGAUAAACAAAUUUCAGUAACAUUACCUCUUCACACGCGAUUUCUCGCCAAAGACAAUCCGAUGUUAGAUCGUAAGUGGUGGAUAUUACAUGGGUUACACUCUGUUGGUACAAUAUUUAUUGAUGAAGGUGCUGUUAGGGCGAUUGCAAAAGUGGGCCAAAAAAGCAGUUUGUUCGCAGCUGGGAUCGUUAAGGUAGAAGGAUAUUUUGUUGCUCAUCAAGCUGUUGAUUUAAAGAUCGAAAGAACCGUAAAGCAUGACGAUAUAAAUGAUGUUGAAGCUGUAAUGAUUGGCAAAGGGCUCGUAAAUUAUUCUUCUGCUGAGAUUUCUAGAAUCAAAGGAUGUCAAAGUUCCGAUAUUGAACAAAUAUUAGGAUAUGCUGAUUCUGAAUGUGUUAUUCAUAGAGAUAAUUUGGUGAUUACGACGAAAAGCGAUAAUUAG